AUGGACAAGACCGACAAGUCCCAGCCCGUCCUGGCUUCUCACGCUGAGAAUGCCCAAUCCCACCAUCAAACUCAGCAGCACCAGCGUGGUCGUAUCGCAGGUGGGAAGCACCUGCAGGAGCUGUAUGAUGACAAUGCCUUUGCUGCUGAUGAAGGUCCAAUUCAAAAGGUCGAUGUUGAUAUGCCGCUUACCCUGACGGAGACAAUAGACCAUAAUGGGAAACAAUACAUUGUGCUUGAUUUUGCGGAGGGAGACAGGGAGAACCCCUUCAACUGGAGUGCAAAGCGCAAGGCGUUCAUCUCCCUGCUCCUCUGUCUGAUGACUCUGUUCAUCGGUCUGGCGACCACAGCAUACAGCUCGGGCAUUUCCCGCAUGACGGCAGAGUUUGGUGUCUCCUCUGAGCUAGGUCAGCUCGGUCUGUUCACGUUCAACUUCACCUGUGCCCUGGCUCCGCUAUUCCUGGCCCCCUUCUGCGAACUCGCCGGACGGCGCAUCGUAUACGUCGGCGCCUACUUCCUCUUCGCGAUCAUGUUCAUCGGUCUCGCGCUCGGCAAGAACAUCGCCACCAUCAUUGUCUGCCGCGCCCUGCUUGGUCUCUUCGGCUGUGUUGGGACCAUCCUCGUCGGCGGCACCUUUGGCGACAUGUACACGCCCAACCAGCGGGCCGUCCCCAUGGCGACCUUCUCCUACGUCGCCAUCCUGGGCACCGUCGGCGCACCCAUCUACGCCGGCUUCAUCGACGAGACGCUCGGCUGGCGCUGGAUCGAGGGAAUCCAGGGUCUCGCCAACGUGCCUCUCGCCAUCAUCAUUGCCCUCUGUCUCCGCGAAACCCGCGGCAGCGUCACCCUGGCCAAGCGGGCCAAGAUCCUCCGCCAGCAGACGGGCGACGAGCGCUACGUCACGCAGAAGGACCUCGAGGCCCCCGGGCUCAAGGAAAUGCUGCACAACUCCUCCGUCAAGGCCAUCCACAUGCUAAUCACCGAGCCCGUUGUGUUCGCGUUCGGCCUGUGGAUCAGCUUCGCGUGGUUCCUCGCCUUCCUCUUCCUAUCCGUCAUCCCCAUCACCUUCGAGGAGAAGAAAGGGUGGAGCGAGGGCGUCGCGGGCCUGCCCUAUAUCGCUCUCUGCAUCGGGACCACCAUCGGCUUCCUGCUCAACUUCCUGCAGAUCAGGAAAUACAAGUCCAUCGUCGCCGAUCCCGCCCGUGAGGCGCAGCCCGAGGCCCGUCUGUACGGCGCCAUGCUCGGCUCGGUCUGGCUGCCCGUCGGGCUAUUCAUCUACAGCUUCACGCAGUACAAGGAGCUGCACUGGAUCGGGCCCCUGAUAGCUCUGGUCCUCAUUACUAUCGGGAUCUUCUUUAUCUUCGAAAGUUGCUACAGCUUUACCUCGGAUUGUUACGGGGAGAAUUCGAGCUCCGCGAUCGCGGGCCAGGGCUUCAUGCGGAAUACGCUCGGGGCGGUGUCGCCGCUGUUCGCGUCGCAGUUCUUUCAUAAUGUUGGCAGUCAGUAUGCUGGGUUGUUGUUGGCGGUUGUUGCGACGCUGUUGACUUUUAUUCCGUUUGUGUUCUAUUGGUAUGGGCCGCAGCUGCGGGCGAGGUCCAAGUUGGCGGCGGGCAUGACGAGGCCGAAGGAUGAGGAGAUUGAGCUGUGA